AUGUUAUUAGCAGCCUUGCUAGUCUUGGGCUCUGCGGCCGUCGACGCCGCGAGGGUAUGGGAUGGCUCACGCUUUGCCUGGUACGACACGGACGCCGGAGAUGACUUCAAGAGCGCGCUGCCCAUCGGAAACGGAAGGCUGGGCGCCGCCGUCUUUGGAACACCCACCGAGAAGCUGGUGUUGAAUGAGAACUCAGUCUGGAGUGGCGGCUGGCUGGACCGGGCGAACCCGAAAUCCAAGGAUGCUGUCCCCAAGAUCCGAGAGAUGCUGGUCGCCGGGGACAUCACAGGCGCUGGCGAGUCUGCCAUGGACAAUAUGGCGGGCAACCCGACCUCGCCGAGGGCAUACAACCCGUUGGUCAACAUGGGGAUCGACAUGGGACACGGUUCUGGCAUUGAGUCUUACACGCGCUGGCUCGACACGCUCGAGGGCACCGCCAGCGUCAACUAUAUUCACGGCGGCGCCAACUACAGCCGUGAAUAUGUGGCCAGCUAUCCCCAUGGCGUCCUCGCCGUUCGCCUCACUGCUGACGCCCCGGGCAAGCUCGACGUCAAGCUCUCCCUAUCUCGUGAGAAAUGGGUGCUCUCCCAGACAGCCGACACAGGUAGCGGCGAGAGUGGCCACAAGGUCACUUUGAGUGCCAACAGUGGGCAGUCCUCCAACGCCAUCACGUUCUGGUCUGAAGCUAGAGUGGUAAACUCAGGGGGCACCGCCACUUCUCCGGACGGCAAGACCAUCUCCAUCACCGGCGCUGAUACGGUCGACAUUUUCUUCGAUGCCGAGACGUCGUACCGGUAUCCCGACGCGGAGGCGGCGCAGGCCGAGCUGAACCGGAAGCUCGACGCCGCCACGGCCGCGGGCUACCCAGCUGUCCGCAGUGCCGCCAUCGACGACUUUAGUAGCCUCACGGGGCGGGUGAAGCUCGACCUCGGAUCCUCAAGCGAUGUCGGUCUGCAACCCGCGCCCACCCGGCUGAGCAAUUUCAAGGAGAAUCCCGACGCAGACCCGCAGCUGAUGACGCUCAUGUUCAACUUCGGCCGCCACCUCCUCGUCGCCUCCUCACGCGACACGGGCCCGCGCUCGCUGCCGGCCAACCUUCAGGGCCUCUGGAACGAGGACUACGACCCGGCGUGGCAGAGCAAGUACACCAUCAACAUCAACCUCGAGAUGAACUACUGGCCCGCGCUGGUCACCAACCUGGCCGAGACACAGAAGCCCGUCUUCGACCUGCUCAACGAGGCCAUCCCGCGCGGCAAGGCCGUGGCCAAGACCAUGUACGGCUGCGACGACGGCUUCGUGCUGCACCACAACACCGACCUCUGGGGCGACGCGGCCCCCGUCGACAAGGGCACCCCCUACACCGUCUGGCCCAUGGGAGCCGCCUGGCUAUCGGCCGACGCCAUGGAGCACUACCACUUCACCCAAAACGAGACCUUCCUCGCCGAAGUCGCCUGGCCCAUCCUCCGCCAAGCAGCCCGCUUCUUCCACUGCCACCUCUUCGAAUGGAACGGCCACUGGACCGCGGGCCCCUCCCUCUCCCCGGAGCACGCCUUCAUCGUCCCCGACGGCCUCACCCAGCCCGGCCGCAGCGAAGGCCUCGACCUCAGCAUCGAAAUGGACAACCAGCUCCUCCACCAGCUCUUCACCAACAUCAACACCACCUGCACCAUCCUCAACCUCCCCCAAUCCAACCCCGACUGCGCCGCCGUCGCAACCUACCUCCCCACCAUCCGCCCGCCCGCCAUCCACCCCACCACCAACCGCCUCCUCGAGUGGCACAACCCCUCCUACACCGACACCGAGCCCGGCCACCGCCACUUCUCCCCCCUCUGGGGCCUGUACCCGGGCUCCCUCCUCACCCUAAACACCAAUGAGACCCUCGCCGACGCCGCAGGCACCCUCCUCGACCACCGGCUCGCCUCCGGAUCCGGCAGCACGGGCUGGUCACGCGCGUGGGCGACCGCGCUCUACGCGCGCCUCCAGCGCGGGGAGGAUGCCUGGCGCAACGCGCAGGAGCUGGUGAAGUUGUUCCCCUCGCCGAACCUGUGGAGCUCGGACAACGGGCGCGGAACGCCGUUUCAGAUUGAUGGGAAUUUUGGGCUGGUCGGAGGGAUGGCCGAGAUGUGGGUGCAGAGUCAUGGGGGGGGUGGUGCAUUUGUUGCCGGCGCUUGGUGGAAUUGA